AUGAUAAUUAAAACAGCAAUUAAGAAUUUUGAAAAAAGUCUCGGCUUUAAAAAUGAAAUUAUAUGGUUUAACGUUAUGUUCAUGUCUGCUUAUCAUAUUUUUGGACUGUAUUGGUGUUGGCACUAUGCUUUUCCUGUGAAGAUUUUAACGGUACUCUAUGCCUUCUCAUUGUAUAUUUUGAAUGGUGCUGGAAUAACUUGCGGUGUCCAUCGCCUGUUCACGCAUAGAUCUUAUAAAGCGGUUCCAGCAUUGAAAAUAUUUCUAGUGAUGUGCUUCUGUGGUGCUGGUCAGAAUACUAUCUAUCAAUGGGUCCGUGACCACAGACUUCACCACAAGUUCAGUGACACUGACGCCGAUCCCCACAAUGCGAACCGAGGCUUCUUCUUCUCACAUAUCGGCUGGCUCAUGAUGAAGAAGAACGAAGAAGUGAAGAAACAGGGGAAGAAGAUUGACAUGAGUGAUAUUGAAGCAGAUGAAAUUGUCAUGUUUCAAGAGAAAUACAGCAAAUCCCUAAGGUUAUUCUUCUGCUAUAUAUUGCCAAUAUCCUUGAAUAUGUUGCUGUUUAAUGAAGAAUGGAAAUGUGCAGUAGCUUGGCAAGCCUUCAUCAGAUACUUGUGCGUGCUCCAUGCAGAGAUGACAGUCAACAGUCUAGCUCAUAUAUAUGGAUAUCAGCCAUAUAAUAAAAACAUCAUACCAAAAGAGAACAAAUUUGUAUCAGCAGUCACAUUUGGAGAAGGUUGGCAUAACUACCACCAUAGUUUCCCUUUCGACUUCAAGGCAUCGGAGUUUUUUGACCGUUUCGAUUGGUCGACGUACCUCAUCCGCUGGUGGGCUAGACAAGGUUGGGCUUAUAACCUGAAAGAAGCCACUCCAGAGAUGGUAAGCGCUAUGAUAAAGAGAGCUGGUGAAUAUCAUAUUGUGAAUUGAUUAAAUAUGUGA